AUGACAGAUAUGGAAACAGGGAAACUUGAUAAAGCUUUGGACGAACUGAAGGAAAUAAACGAUAACAUUGCCGCUUUGAAUGGAAGGCCUGCUGAAAAGUAAGUUGUGUUUACUUGAAACUGACUGAGUUUAUGGACGUAAACAUAUAGCAGAUUAUAGUACAAGUUAUUUUAGAGAACCAAGGAAGCCAAUUACAAUGAACGAUGCCGAGAAACCAGAAACAAGGUAAGUGUUUAUGAUAAUACAAGUAAUGUUUCGAUUUUAGGAAACGAUUGUUGGUGCGAGCUCCAGAAGGUGGCGAAAGGUUGGUUUGGUUUCUUAAAUAAUAGUUUCUUUAUUUAUUUUGGUUUUCAUUGAUAAUAUUAACAUUGAUUCAUAUAUUUUAGUGGAAAGCGGAAAGUUGUCGUUUAUAGCGAAUCCGAGCCAUUGUAAGUUGAAUUUUUAUAUUUAAAGAUCGCUAUGGGAUAGAAAUUAAAGAUUUUUUGAGAUUUUUUGUUUGCUGCUAAAGUAAAUAGCAUCGUUAAGAAUUGACCCAAAGCAGAAAGCUAGCCUACUCGUUCUGGGCUGUAUUAAUCUUUUUACUGUCAGUAGAACACGUUUUUUAAUGUUACUUUCAAUUUCAGAGGUAAAAGAAGUCGUCAAGAAGAGAAUGGACACCGCAGAUUUGUUCCAGCAUCUGGACCAACACCUUCAAUACCAAGAAGAUCGUUACAGUCAAGUGUCGUGUUACCUAUUGAAACUAAGUCCAGAGAAGAAACAUUGAGCAAAUUGAAACAAUCUGAGAAAGCAGAAGACAGCAAAAGGUAAGAUUUUAACUAUAUUGUUCAUGGUUUAGGUCCCUGCGAUUUAUUGGAGCUACAGCUUGGUAAUGAGCUAAAAUUAACGGCUUGGAAACAGAAAGCUUAUAAUUUAUAUAAAUAUUGUAACGUACACCUCAUAAAACAAAAAGCAAGGCUGUUUUACAUGUGUAACACAUAUAAUUCUCUAAAUUUUAGAAAUCGUCGAUUGUUUGGAAAUCUUCUUAUGGGCACUUUGGACAGGUUCCAAAAGGAAGAGAAAAACGUUGCUCCAAAAGUUGAUGCGCAGGUACGGGACUAAUUUUAAAGAAGAUUUAGAAGCUUAACAUGUUUAAGCUACUAUUAUCCGUAAUUUAAGUUGUUAAUUUAUAAUUUAACCUUUGAAAACUUUAAUUUUAGGUCCAAAAACAACGUGAAGUCGAAAAACGGUUAGAAGCUAGUAAAAGGGAAGAACGGGAGAGGCUUUUGAAGCAGAAACACGACUUGGAAUCACGGAAAAGAGAUAAGGAAAUUGAGAUUUUGAAACUAAAGAGACAGAACGCCAUCAAACACAAUGUAAGGAUAAUUUUACACUUUAAGCGAAGAAAUAACUAUAUUUUACAUAUUUAUAAUUUGAAUUUAAUGUUUUACUAAAUUUUAUAAGGUGUGUAGCAGAAAAUGCAGUAAAGUCGGUCAAUAACGAUAUUCAAUAAAAACAUUGUUUUAGUUGGGAGAAAAGGAGACUCAUUUCGGAAGGCUGAAGUUGUUUAUCCAAACACAAACCAAGCCUCCAAUCUUCUACUUGCCAGCCAAGCACACUCUGAGAUCUUUGGAGUUGCUUAAGGAAUCUGCCAAGAACAUGGAUAGUAAGGCAUCGUUUUUCUAUGAUUUUAAAAUCUUGCUCAUUAUGAGACUGAACUGUCUCUAGCAUAAUAUUACUGCCUAACGGAAUGUUUUCAAUGAAUUUAAAGCGCUGCUUUGCUAUAUUGUACUAAAAUAUUUGUCUUUAUUAUCUAUAAUCUUUAUUUUUCAGCUCUCAUCGAGAAAUGCCGCGAAGUCGCCGACCGGGACCUGAGGGAAGUUGAGGUAGAGGGUGAAGGUGAAGACAUUAUAAAUCAUCAGGUUGCCAGUAAAGUAACUUUAGCCAAGACCGAGGAGCAGGGUGGGGAGACAAAAGUAGAGGUAAAGGAUGAAUAAGUGAGUGAAAAAAGAUCUCGGUGGUGCCUGUCAUCCGUUUUUUUUUCGGUUUUUGUAGCUUUUCAAAAUAAGAGGGUAACGAUGUAGCAGGUCCAUUACUUUAAGAUAUUUUUGAUGGGAAAAGUGCACAAGUUUGCACUUUGUUUCAGGGCAACGAGCAGAACCAUAUUUUCUGUAUUAUACUAUUAUACAUAAUAAAUAUUGUUGAACUUUUGAACGUUUUUUAAUUAAUAAAGUUGCUGAAAGAGUUGGAUUAGAUUGAAGGUUUUAUGAUAAUUACUAUAAUAAUGAAAUGUAAACUUGUGAAAAGGUUUGUAUUUUUUUAGUAGCUCAUAUGAAUAAAUUACGGUCACAGAAAGUUUCAGAUGUCUACCUAUCUAUUCAAGUAAGUUAUAAUGAGAACAAUGUUGGUAACAGUUUGUUGCCUAAUUCAAAACAACUUUUUACAAAUCUUAACGCAGCAAUAAAUAUAUAAUUGUAAAAUAAAAGGUCUUGUAACUAAUAAACGACAAACAAUCUUAAAAUUCAAUGAUAAAUCGCCAAAAUUCGUCAAAUUCUUUUCAAAAAGGUCUACAUUGCACAAGUGAUUUGGUCCCGCCACGAAAAUGGCCUUGUCUCCGCUGAUCGUGGCAGACAACCUGGUAACCAAAUCCUGUCAACUUUCUCAUGAAGGCUGGCAUUUAGGAUUGUGUCGAGCUGGCCUGCGGUUUGAGCUGUAACUCUUGGAGUUGGCAAUGUUGUUCAUCUUUCCUUUGUCGUGAUAUUUUAGUUUUGGGCUGUGAAGAAACUUUUAUGAAUUGUUGUUAGACAUGAUAGGUCUUUUGUUGAAAUUGUGAACGUUUUGGGACAAAUUUUAGGUAUAUUCGUGGAGUUUUGUACCUAAAAUCUUCUUGCUUUGGUUGUUGUUUCUUCUUUGUUUAUUAAUGAAGGCAAUCACAAUAUCUUACUGUUUUACACUGUUAAAACAGAGUUUAUGGCGAUUGUUUAUGGUUGAUUAGGACACUAUCUUGCUCUCUAAUAUGGUUCUAUAAUAUGUUGUCUAAUUUGUCGCGUUUAAGCUGUUUUGACCGAGUUUAUAUUGUAGGUAUACCUAUUUUUCAAAAUUUUGGUUUCAGGGUCAACGGAAGAGAUUAUCGAGACGAGAAUGUACACAGAAAUCAAAGAAGCUACUUACGUGCUUACCAGCUUUAUUAUUAAGCAAGUUCCUCGUCAGAAGGUGGCUUGGUUUGCUGAAGCCUUCGCCAAUCACAUGUUAUGCCGGGUCUUCAACUAUUACGUGGAUCCGACCAAGUUGUUGCACAAUGAAAGUAAGUUUAUGGCAUCACAUAGGUUCAUUGAUGUGAUGUGUGCAUUUUCUUUGAGUUUUUUUGUAUUUUUUCUAAAACUUAUAUUUCAGUGGACUCAAAUGGCUAUUGGGUGAUCGUGAACAAGAACCACCAGUUCAUUUCUCCUGUGGUUAUUCAAGCAACUAUCGAAGUUGCUCUUGGUGGUGGUGAACUCAUGGCCCAUUUGCCUUGUAAGUUUAUUUUGGCAUUCUUAACUUUAUUUUUCGUUUUUUAGGUAGAUUAUUGCAAGACUAAUGUUUUUUUUUUCAGCUGAAUUGGCCAUUUCGAUUAAAAUCGGAGAAGUAAAAGCUCGUAUCAAUGGCAAGGUUUCCUUGAUCUGGAAGGAUAUGGGAUGCAAUGCUUACUCUCCAGUUCCUUGGCCAGUCCUUCGUCAAAGCUUGUCGGAGAGAACUGGUAAGUUUGUUUUACUACUGUGUAUAGAUUUUGAAAAGAAAAGUUGCAUGAAUUAUGUUAAACUGUUUAUUAUAUUGUUUUAGUUAUGGUUCUAUCGUAUGACCAGAAGAUUCGCAGUGAUUUUAUUCCUCUGGAGCUGGUUGAUGCUGAGAAAGUUGGCCAUAACUUCCCGUUGGUUGGAGUUGUAAGUAUUCUUGAUUUUUUGUUUAUUUCUUUAGGUUAUGGUAGUCACAGACAAUGAUGAUGUUGAGGAUUGAUGAGUAUUCCUUCUUUUUAGACAUUUUUUUUGGUUUUUCGUUUCUAAAACGAAUGUUUUUUGAAUAAAACAGCAUUAUUACUGAGUCCAUGUUAGGAGCAAGAAGCUAAAAUUUUAAAAAUAGUUGUAUCGUCUGCCCAAAAGCCUGUCCUGAGAGCUUCUAGGUCUAGAAGAGGGGCCCAAUAUCACGUUCCUUACUCUAGAACGUGCCUAAAGGCGAACUCUUUUUUUCCUAGAUCAUUAAGACUCCUAAGGGAUUAAUAGCUAUGUAUGCUCAUCACUGUAUUGUCAUUUAUUAAAAAAAAUUAUAUUUUAUGUUAUAUUAUUAUUUUAUGAUAUAUUAUGACUCUACGAGUGAAGUUUGAAAAUAAAUAAAUAAAAAUUUUAGGACGCCAAGCUGCUGAACGGCAAGGUGAAGAUGUUCCGUGCCGCUGGUCCAGCUCGUUUUGUCUUCACUGCUCUCAACUUUGCAUGCACCAGAUUUGGAAACAGAAGACGUCGUUCCAAAACUCUCACCUCGAUCAAGGAGAACUCGAAGAACGAUCUGUCCAUCAGAAGAGCCUCGCAGGAAAUGGUACCCUGCGAAGAGAGAAGCCAUUUCUUCUCGAACAACUGGUGGAACAGUGAGUUAAUCAAAUUUGACGCAUAUAGGGCGCAGACGCAGGAGUUCAACAUAGCUUGAUGUUAUAGUAGACGAUUAAAGGCAUCUUUUUGUAAAACAACUAUACUCUCAUAGCUGUAAGAUGUAAUGACUGUUUUUGUGGUCUUUAAAGCAAGAUUGUUAACCUUAUGAUAUUGUGCUUGGUACAGUUCAGUUUCAUUGUAUAUAUUCUCAUUUUCUUUUCUAGAAUACGGUGGUUUUGGUCUAAAUUUUUAUGUUUGUUUAUGAAAUUGUGGUCUACUAUAACAUCAUGUUAUGCUGAUUUCACUCAAUUGAAGGGUCUUGUUUGAAAAUUUGAGUUAUUGUAAUCUGUGCUUUUCUGAAAUUUACAAUUUUCAAUAUUUUACAUUGUUUUUACUCUAGCGUAGAAUGUCAUUUUUGGCAAAAAACUGGUAACUCUUUUCAUUGUUUUGCGUUUUCAUUUUUCAAUUUAAAAUUGAAAAAGAUGAACGCGAAAGAAUUAGUGCAUUUGCCAAGUAUUAAAGUUGUUUUUUAGUGUUAUGUCGAUUUGUUAUGUUGUUAGAUAAAGUUGUGUUAAUCAUUUUUGGAUUUUAAUUUGACUAAUCGAAAACAUUGUUUUAGACUUCUUGAACUCGGCCUACUUCCUGGAAGCCUUGGGACACUGCCAACGUCCGCUGUCUCAGUUCCACUGA